AUGACCGAGCAACGAAGAAUACGGCAAUUUGUCCAGGGUCUGAACGUGGAGAUCCAGAAGGAUCUAGCCAUAGCCCAAAUUAACGCCUUCAGCGACACCGUUGAGAAGACGCAACGAGUAGAGAAUGCUAGGCUACAGGUGAGGAAUUUUCAAGCUAAAAAACGAGGAUUCCCUAGUAAUAGCUCGGGGCAGGGGGAUAAGAGUAGCCCUCCCAAACUUGGACAGGGAGCCGGAGGUGAAAGGCAGCCGAGUGUAAGUAGAGGGGCUCAGUCAAGAGGUCGCCCAAUUGGGCGAGGCCAAAGAGGAAACUUUCAGGGGGGCUCAGCUUCGGCAUCUCGUGGUCCCUAUGGGCAUUGUGGGAAGCCAAACCAUACAGAGGACAAUUGUUGGAGGAAGAAAGGAAAAUGCUUACGCUGUAGGAGUGUCGACCACCAACUUGCCUCCUGUCCGGUUCUAAAACGAGAUGGAACAGGGAGCCAACAACCAUCGAGGACCAAUUCUGGGCCAGUUAAGGGGGAAGGGACAAAAUCCAAAGUGUCAGCUCGAGUGUACUCAUUAGAGCCACAACAAGUCCCUGUAUACCACCGAUUUGUAAAGGUCUUAGUAGAUCUCGGUGCCACCCAUUCCUUUGUUAACCCCAAUUUCAUGUGUGGUGUUGAUAUAAAACCUGCUAGUUUACCUUAUGACCUAGAAGUCAGUACCCCCAUGGGGGACCAUCGUCCGAUUACUAGUAUGGUUUUAUAA